AUGUCUGAUGAAGUGGAGAAAAAUAUACCUGUUUACAAUGAAGAACAAUUAACAAAAGCACUUGCUGAUAUUUCACCACACAAACCAAUAACAUUAGCUGAAGCAAUAGCUUAUCAAUAUAUCGAUCUCGAAAAUCCAAAAUUAGGUUUGUCUAAUGAUACAAUUGAACGUAUUAAACAUCUGUUUCGUCCAUUAUCAAAAGAUGAUGAAUCAACAUUAAAUUUAAUACGUAUUAAUCGUGCAGGUCAAUAUUUAGCUGAUUUUAAUCUUGCUGAAACAAAUACAUUUGAAAAGUUUCAUCUAUCAGAACCAUUCAUAUAUCAAUUACAACAAUCCUUUGAACCAACAUUGGAUUUUAAUGAAAAACAAUUUCGUUCUUUAACUGAUGCUAUUUUAAAAAAUAAAGAUGAAUAUUCAAGUUUACAAUUUGAUAUUGGAAGAACAUUAAUACCGGCUGAUGAUAUGAAAGAAUCAUCAACAAAUGAUUUUAGUCAAUCAGAUUCGGGAUAUUCAAUGACAACAGCAACAUACGAAAGUUUAGCUAGUAAAGUUAAAAAUGAAUUUGAAACUAUCAAUGAACCAUUAUCUGAUCAAUUCAAUGAAUCUGAUAAGAUAAAUACAUAUAAUAAAAAAAAAUGCUUUUUCCAGACCGUAGAUCAAACGAACCUAACGCAUAAUAUACAUCUGGAUAGUACAUUUCCAACUAAUGAAAAAGUACUAGCAGUUCAACAAGAAACGACAGAUAAUCUUCUUAAUAAAGAAAAAGAUUCAAUACAUAUUUCAUCCGAACCAAUUCUAACGAAAGAGGAACAACCACCGACACCAGUUUAUUUAAAAAAACGUAAAUCAACUGGUUUAUUUUCGUGUUUUGGAAAUAAAAAAGCGAAAGCUUCGACAGAGCAACGUGGCCGAAAAACAAUAGCAGCACCAGCUGCUAUCGUUAUUACUGAUGCACAUGUUUUACAGACAUCAAAUUCUAUUCAAGAAAAACCAGUGAUUGACUUUGCUCGUGCACCAGAUGGUAAACGUAUUUAUAUUGAUGUCUUUCAAAAUCGGCCUGGUCUUGAUAUGUCAUAUACACCAGAUAAUUUUGAUACUCAAUUCUCUUUACCUAUUACAAAACCAGCAAGCGAAUAUGAAAGACCUCUGACACCAGAUCUUAAUGAAUUGCGAACAACUACAACAAUUGAAGAAAAGCCAAUUGUUCAUUUAGAACCACGAUCAGCAACAAUUGAGCCUGUUGAUGUUCAAGAAGAGGUCACCGAAAAGAAACCUAUUGUUCAUUUAGAACCACGUGCAGCAACAAUUGAACCUGUAGAUGUUCAAUAUGAAUCAUCGGAAGAAAAAUCAAUUGUACAUCUUGAAGAACAUGUACUAAAACUUUCACCAGUUGAUGUUCAUGCUGAAGGUAUUGAAGAAAAACCAAUUACCCAUUUAGAACCACGAUCACCUACAAUUGAACCCGUUGAUGUCCAAUCUGAAACUGUCGAACAUAAAUCACUAAAACAUUUGGAACCACGUGCACCAACAAUUGAACCAGUUGAUAUUCAAUCGGGACAAUUACCUACGGUUAUUCCUUUAACUAAAACUGAAGAAUCAACUGUUUCAAAAACAGCAAUACAUUUACAUGGUGCAGCAGUUGAUCUACCAGAAGUUAAAUUAGUUGAACCAACACCAUUACCAAAAUUAACACUUACAAAAGAAAGUCAUAAAAAACCCAAAGAAUUAAUUUCUUCUGCUGCUGCUACUACUACUAGUGAAAAAGUUUCUAAACCUAAAAAAGCUAGUGGUGGUUUAUGUGCAUCAUGUUUUGGCGCAAAAGCUGCUGAAAAGAAGAAAAAAGAAGCCAAAUCCGAAACUGCUCAAGCACCUAUUGAACAAAAGAAAAUUGUUGAAGAAGUAAAGAAAGAUACUAUCCUACCCGAAACGAUUUUACCAACAACAACAACAACAACGGCAGUAAUCGAACCAUUACCAUUAUCUAUUGAUCUUACUACUACAGUACCAACUAUUAAUGUUGAUUCGUAUGAAGAACGAACUGUGCACAAGGGUGUUGAAGAUAUUUCUAAACCAGAUGAUCGUUUAGAUGCUACUAUUGAAGCACUAGUAUCAACUGAAGAACCCCAUUAUCAAUUACCAUCAAGCGAGCCGGUGCCGCUACCACCCGUAGAAAAUGAAUACUCAAUACCUGCACAUGAUACAUACGAUAUUCCUCGUUCAUUUGAAACACCAAGUGUUGAAAAUAUACAAAUAAAUACCGAAGAAAAACUUCUUCAUAACGAACAAAUAACUGAUAUAAAAACAACAACUGAUGAUAUAGUUUUAUCAAAACCAAAACUUGAUUCAUCUCUAAUAACAACAAUUGAAACAAUGCCAAAUGUUGACCUCAAAGAAUCAGGUACAAAAGGUUCAUAUACAUUACCAACAAAGAAAUCUAAAACAAAAAAAGUUAAAGAAGUAAAAGUUAAAGAAGAAAAAGUCAAAGACGAAAAAGUGAAGAAUGAAAAGAAAUCUGGUUUAUUUUCAAAUAUCUUUCGUCAUAGUGAUCGUAAAUCAAAAGUACCAGCACUUGAUUUACCAUCAGUAGAACGUGAUUUAUCACCAAAUAAUGAAUUACGUCAAGCACAUCGUUUAGAGAGUGAUCCAUUACGUAUACCAAAUACUAAUUUACCUAAACCUGAUGUUUCAUUACCAACAUAUAAUGAACCCGAAGUUAAAAUGACAACUGGACAAACAAAAUCACCAUCUUCCGAAUUUUCAAUUCCUGCCGUUGCUUUACCACCUAUACCUAAUUUACAAUUACCCGAAAAUGAUAAACAAACCAUUGAUUCAAAUAUUGAUUUAAUGAAAAUACCUGCAGUACAAUUGCCUGAACUUGAAUUUACUUCAAAUGAACAAAACCAUGAAAUAACAUUAAACAAUGAUGAAAAAUUACCUGAACUUCCAUUAUUAACGCAUAUUAAACAAGAAAAAGAAAUUGAACAUUUACCAACUGUUGAAGCUGGUUUAGUAUUAGCAUCACCAGUUCAAGAUAUGUUAGAUAUUCAAACUGAUCAUAAACAAUUCCCAAUUGAAACUGAUUAUGCUAUUAACACAGAUUCAAUAAUUCCAGAUUUACCAAAAUUAUCUUCUGAUGAAACAGAUUUAAUAGUUAAACCAGAAUUAUUAUCUACUGAACAAAAAUAUACAAUUACUGAUACACAAUUUAUACCACCACCCGAAUUACCAAUAACAAUUGAACAUCAUCAAUCUCCACCUAAACUUCCUGAUUUUACAUUUCAAUUACCUUCAACAGAACCAGUUGAAAUUUUAUCCAAAGAUAUCAACACAUCUCCUCCAUCGUUUGAUGAUGAUGUUCCAACAGUUACAUCAAAAAUAGUUCCAGCUAUUGAAAUUUCAACACCACCACCAAUAAAAACUGUUGAAAAAGAAAUGAUUGAACCAAAAUCUCCAAUCAAAAAGAAAUCAUCAACACUUGCACUUUGCUCAUGCUUUGGUAGUAAAUCAAAUGCCGAAAAAACUAAAACUCUUCCAGCACCUAAAGAAAAAUCCAAACCAAUAACAGUACCAAAAGCUGAUCUACCUCCAGUAGAUAUACCUGUUCCAUCAUCAAAUAUAUCUUCAACAUUAAAAACAAAAGGUACAUUACGUGCACCAAGUAAUGAUUUACCACCAGUUGAUUUAACUUUACCUUCAGCUGAUCCAGUUCGUAUACCAACAAUUCAUACUCAUGACAAAAAACGACAAGCACCAAAAAAACCAACAGUGAAUGACGAAAAAGUUCUAUCUCAAGCAACAACAACAACAACAAGUCCCGAAGCCGUUGUACCAACAGUAAAUGUCGUUGAUACACAGCAAACAAAUAUUGUUCCAACAAUUGAAACAAAAGUUGAAGAUGAACUUUUAGUUCAAUCACCUGUCUUAGAAAAACAAAUUGAAGAUGAAAUUCCUAUUCGACCACCUACUCCAACUCCACCAGAAAUUAUAGAAAAACAAUUAGAUGAACCAAUUCUUGUUCGACCACCAUCACCAAUAGCUCUUAAUGGAGCACAACCAAUCGAAGAAAUCUUAAUGCCAAUUUCUACUAUUGAACAAAAACCAGUAGAAGAAAUUAAAACAGAAUCAACUAAUUUGACAUCAACUAUCGACAAAAAACCAAUAGAAGAUAUUAAAGAAUCUCAUGUUGAAUCGAAACCACAUUCAUCAUCCGAAAUUAGAGCACCAGCUUUUAAUAUUCCUGAACUUGACUUAUCAGGUCCACCUAGAAGUGAUUCAUACAUAUCCUCACUAAAACAUGAAGAAUCUACAACAACUCAAUCUCGUUCAGAUAGUGGUCUUGAGGCAAUAAUCUCAUCUCAUCUUCAACCAUCAUCAACAUUCGGAACAAAUCAUACAGUUGAAGAUGUUAAACAACAUCCGUCCAUUAGUUCAGGUUUAGGUAGUGCUAGUAUAACAACAUCGAGUUCUACAAAACCUGAAAUUCGAUUAGAAAAAUUACCACCAACAACGACAACAUCAGGACUUAAACGUGAAAGUAGUAUAUUAAAACAUGAUUUUACACGUAAAAUAAGUAUGAAUGAUGAUUUACGUGCCAAAUUAAUUUUUCGACAAAAUGAUUUAAAGAAAUGCUUGGAAGGUGAAAUAUCGAAAUCAAUUGAUGAUUAUGAUGGUAAAAAAGAUCAUAAAUCAUUAAAUAAAAUUCUUACACAUGGAAUUGAUCUUAUAAAAGAUAAAAAAGUAACAACAUAUCCUGAAUUAAAACAAAAAUUAAUAAUUGAACAUAAAAAUGAUGCUUUUAUUGUCGAUCCUGUUGUACGUUCACUUUAUUGUACAAUUGAAAAGCAAGGUUUGGAUAAUCUCGAUAAACCAGAAUUUCCAUUAGCUAUUCGUGAUAUGGUACGUCUUCCGGCUAAACAACAAUUUGACACCGUUACACAUUUAAACAAAGAAAUAACAGAAGAACCAUCUCGAAUACCUCAAGAACAAUCAUCAACUAAACAUUCAUGUUUAACAUGUGGACAUAAAAAAGCUCCUAAACAAAAAGUGUCAACAUCACCAACAACAGCAACAACAAAUACAUCUAUUGGUUUACUUGAUGAACGCCGUCGUUUACAAUUAAAUACCCAUAGAAAUGAAUUAGGUACUAUUCUUCGUGAACAUAUUCAAUCGAGUCAACCACCCAUUCGAAAAUUUGCUGAUCAUACAAAAGAAGUUGAUAAAAUAACACGUAAAAGUUUAACACUUGUAACUCAACCAAAAAUUUUAUCUUAUGAACAAAUUCGUAAUGAUUUAAAAACGGAAUAUAAACAAACAUUUUAUCUUGUUGAUCCAGUAGUUGAUAUCAUACGUGAUACAUUUGAUCAUUGUGAUAUAACACAAAUGAAUGAAAAAACCAAUUUAAAUAUAUUAGAUUCGAAUAUAUCUCAAACAGCAAAUUUAUAUAAUCAAAUAAAUAAUCAAACAAAUUUAUUAACAACAGAAGAAAUGAAUUUAUUAAAAACCAAUCAAUUAACAUGGGUAAAUCAAUAUUUAAUUGAUAAUGAAUUAAAAGAAAAGAAAAUAACGAAAAAACAAAAUAAAGAAUUAAAUAAAAUUUUACAUCGUGCAUUAGAUAUUCUCUCAUUAAAUCUUAUUCAUACAUGGGAUGAAUUAAAUUCUCAAUUAAGACGAGAAUUUUCUAAAGCACAUAAUUUAUGUGAUCGUGCUAUUGAAUUAAUAAAACAAGCACAAAAAGAUGGUUUAUUAGUAUUAAAUCAAUCACCAAAUGCAAUUCAACAAGAUGUUACAUCAAUAAAUAUUAUAAAUGCAAAUGGUAAACGACGUGUAUCAUCAUUAAUAACUGAUCGUGCAAGACAAAAUUUAAAAAUGAAUAGAAAAAAAAUAGUCGUAUCAAUUUCAAGUUUAUUAUUAGAAUAUAAUAAACCAUUAUAUAAUGAAAAUCAAAUUGAAAAUUAUGUUAAUAAAACAUUUCAUUAUUUAGAAGGACAAAAAGUUGGACAAUUUAAAGAUUAUAAUGAUGUUAAAGAUAAAUUAAAAAAAGAUUUUAAACAUAAUCAUGAAAAAUUAAUUGAACAAAUUGUUGAUGUUAUUGAACAAGCACAUGCAUCAAAUCAAUUUGAUGAUAUUGAUAAAUCGGAAGUACAAACAUUAAUGAGAGAUAGACUUGAUGGAAAACCAUUAGUUAUUAAAGAAAUGUAUGUUUCAUUACCACCACGUGCAGGUGCAUUUGCAUCAUCGAAACAUACCAAUGAUGAAUCAUCACAUUAUUUAUCAACAUCUAUUAAUGGUGAUCGAACAUUGAAUAGUAGUGCAUCAUCACAUCGUGUUGGUCGUGGUCUUAGUUGGCGUGAAGCAAAUGAACGUGCUAGAAUUUUAUUUUAUCGUGGAAAACAUCCAGCUAUACAUUAUGAUGAACAAGCCGAUGGAUUUGAUGUACGAAUGUUACUUGAAACAACAACAGGUGGAACACAAGAAAUACCUGUUACAGACAGUGAUGUUCAUGAAUUACUUAAUUCAUGUGGUGUUCAAUGGGAUGGUGUUAAUAUAAUAUCAUUAGUUGAUCAUAGUGAAGAUGUUGUACGUGCUGCUGAACAGGCUGCCUUAAAAGUAAUACGUGAAAAAGGUCUUGUUGAUCUUCGAACACCCCCAUCAGCAAGAAAUAAAGAUGAUAAUGAUGAACCUAUAUCAUCAUGA